AUGGAAAGUAAUCUACUAGCAAGCAUUCAUGGAAGCAUAGGACCAGUACUGUACAUCAAAUACCAACAUCCUGGUGGAGAUUCUCCAUCAGAUCCCCUACCAGCUGGGCAUGCAGAGAAUAAAUCUCCACAAGAAGAUACGUUACCUAGCAGUAAUCAGGAAAAUGCUGAUAAACAGCCUCCCCAGGUCCACAGAGAGUAUUCAGGAAAUCUGCUAAAAACAAGCCAUUUACAUGAUAGCCAUCUAGGAAGAGAGUCAUAUGUAAUAGCCCAACCACUGGCAAAUCUUGGUGAAGAUGAAGGACCAUUUGCAGAAAGCAGUAUCCGCAGAGGUUUCAUCAGGAAAGUGUAUUUCAUAUUGACAAUUCAGUUGGGAUUAACUGUUGGUAUAAUUUGUUUAUUCAUCUACUGGACAUUUCUUAAAUUUUGGGUACGAAGGCGUCCAUGGUUCUGUUUUGCCCUUUUACCAGUACUCUUGAUUCUGGCUAUUACCCUUGCCUGCUGUGAUGAUGCCCGCAGAAAAGCCCCACUGAAUUACAUUUUGUUGUUACUAUUUACAAUUAUUGAAGGUGUCCUACUUGGAUCAAUUGCAGGCUUCUUUGAGGCUGAUGGGAUAAUGUGGGCUAUUGCUGGCACAGCAGUUGUGACAUUCGGGCUUUCUGUCUUUGCUCUUCAAACAAAAUUGGACCUCACCAUAACAUCUGGAGUCCUGCUGGUUACGCUUUUUGUGUUUCUCAUUUUUGGAAUCCUUUCUGCCACCUUGCAAACCAAGGUGAUGACAUUAUUAUAUGCUGCAUUUGGAACACUACUUUUUGCCAUAUAUCUGGUGGUGGAUACUCAAUUAAUGAUGGGAAGAACACGCCACUUCCAACUGGAUCCUGAGGAUUAUAUUUUUGCAGUACUGAAUGUCUACAUUGACAUUAUCCAUAUGGGUGUGUUCAUACUACAAUUUAUUGGUUUUAUGAAGUAA